GAAGUGUUUAUAGCGUGGAGUAUGAACUAUGAAUACUGGAAUACUGGGUUAGUUUAUUCGUGGUUAAGACGGAACUUAAGUGAUUUUAACUUAUUUUAACUUUUAUUUGUUGAAUUGGUUAUUAUCGUUUUUCAUUCAACAUUUUCGAAAUCUUGAUUCAUUCAUAAAAAUCAGUUAUAAUUUAAAGUAGUAUCCAAAUUCUAAAGAUAUUUUCACGCAUUUUAAACUUAAAUCAUGUCUGAUAGCCAAUAUACUCAAAUUUUUAACAGAAAUUCAGUGGACGACGUUGAUGAUUCAGAUCUCAUCAAUUGUUAUGACAAACAGUAUGAAAAAGUAAAAAAGAAGGCCAAGGCGAAACUACCCCCUAUUGAUUCAAUGUCUGAGCUGUGUUUAAACGAUGGAGAAAGCAGUGAAUCUAUUGUGAAAGACAAACCAAAGAAAAAAGUUAAUGCUAAUAAGAAUCAUCAAACUGAAUCAACAAAUAGAUAUGAGGAUACAGAAGUCCUUUUCCCACCACCACCACCACCACCAGACAGUAUAAAAAAUUUACCUAAGACUGAAAGGGAAGCUCUCACAUCAAUGCUGAUGUCAUAUUAUAUGAGUGGAUUUCAUACUGGAUAUUAUCUGGGAAUAAAACAAAAAAAUUCUGAAAACUGAACUUAUACGGAUCAAUCAUUCCUAAUUUCCUAAUGGGUAAACCUAUUUGUGAAAAUUUAUAAAAUCUUUUGCUUGCAUCUAAUUAAAUGUUAAAUAUUAUUUUGUAUUAUAUCAUAUUAUAAGUGUUGUAAGAUGUAAAACUAUAUAAGUAUAUAAUUUUGUCUUAUUUUAUUAAAUUUAUUGGAUUUGUAUUGCUAAAACCUUUUAUUUAUGAAUAAAACUUUUAUGAUUUUGGUACU